ACUGUAUGGGAAUAGAAUAUGACCCCCAUGAGUUUGUAUGCUGUGGGAAUAAACUUCAUCGAGGAACAGGACUGUCAUGUUGCGGACAACAAGCCUUCAACCCUGAUAUAGCGACAUGUUGUGAAGAGGGACAAGGAAGCACAUUCACAGCAAAUGUUACACAGGGUCUAAGUGGAAGAGUGUCUGCUUGCUGUGGACUGGAGGCCUACAACCCACUCAAUGAAAUAUGCUGCAAUUCAACAGUUGUAGCCAAACCUGUGCCAAUGGCAGAAUGUUGUGGUAAAGGUGCUUUUGAUGUGGAGAAUCAGCGCUGUUGUGGACCCAAUGAUGACAAGAAGAUUGUGACGAUGGCCUCCACCCACCACCAGUGCUGCGGACACACCCAGUAUGACACCAUGAGUCAGUGUUGCUGUUGGAUGAACCGCAGUUCUCAGAUACAACCCAUCCACUCAAACUGCUGUCCAGAGAAUUCAGCUCAAAUUCCACAGCAUGUGCAACAUGUCAGUACAACUGUCAGUCAACUGCAGAAGUCAACUGCAAAAGCCACGCUCAAGUCUUGUGGUAAAGGUUUCGAUGCAGGGACGCACCUGUGUUGCGGUCCAUUUUUUAACAAGAAGAUCCUGACCCGGAAGUCCAGUGAUCACCGGUGCUGUGGUCAUGAGCAGUAUGACCCUAAGACUGAGCGCUGCUGCUGGCAUCGUGGAACCUCAUGGAGACAACCCCUCAAGUCCUGCUGCUGUGCAACAGUGUCAGGUCACUGUGAUUCUACGCCCACAAUCUUUAACCCACUGACUCACAUCUGCCGCAAUGGCUGUGUUUCCGUGAGAAAGCCUUGGAUGGAUCAGUGCUGCGGACAAGUACCGUAUGGCUUGGCACAGCGUAGCAUUCUCUGUUGUAAUGGCACCUUGUACAAGGACAGAGAGGAUGGAGAGGAAUGUUCAGAGAUCGGUAUUCCUUACAACCCAGCUAAAGGAACUAUGUGUUGUUCCCAGUUGCAUGGCUCACCUGGACAACACUGCUGCGGGACAGAAUUGUACCAGCCCCAUUCUGAGAUCUGCUGUGAUGGACACAGACAUCGCAGAGAGGAGCACAGACACUGUUGUGGAAUUCGAGUCUACAAUGUUAAUGAUCCACAGAUGAAGUGUUGUGGAGGGACACUUUACAACUUGACAUCUUUGGGCAAGUCUGGUCCUGAUGCACUGUGCUGUGGAUCGAUUUUGCAAAAGGAACUGAACCAGGUUUGCUGCUCAAGUGAGGAUACAGAGUUGCUUUACUCUAACAAGAGAGGAUACCAAUGCUGUGGUCAUAUGUACUAUAACAUCUCCCUGUGGUCAUGCUGUGCUGGGAAGUUAAGUCCUGUCCAACCAGGACAGCAUCUGGACAAGAUGACUACAGAAUGUACAUUUCUGUCGGUGAACAACCUGAACAAAAUACAUCUUUGCAAUAAAAUAAAAAUUGGGACCAUACAAAGUGUGUCUCCGCACAGCAUCGUGUUCAACACUGUGCUCGAAAUCCAGGGAACGCAGGCAACUGUUGAAGCUCUGCCCUCGCCUUACAUGCUGCAAACACCCAACCACUGCAUCAUCCCCAAACUGACCCCAGGCAAGACCUACUUCUUUGACGAAGCUCAAGUCUUCAGUGAUUUCAACCACAACUCUCUUCAGUCAAUCUAUUUCAUUAUGUCAAAGUGUUUCCAUUCUUAAUUCACCACUUCCAUGCAGUCGUAAAUUGAUAUUUACGACUGAACAGCGAUUCUGGCCGGAACGAAACCCCGCAAUAACUAACAAGACGAGUUGACAGAGAAACAGAUGUUGCAUACUUUUGUUUAGAACCGUAACUUGUACAAGCCAAAUUGAUUCCGUCCUCUCAGCCAUGACUCCAUCCAGUUUUUUUUGCUGGAUCAUCUAGUCUGUGCUUUCUCAUUGAAAAUAGGUGACAAAGUGUCUCAAAAUCUCAAAGUCUGUGGUCGCCCAAAUUUUUUGUCAGAUUUGAAAAUCACCAACUGAUGUCAUAAAGGUCAGGAAUGUUUUUCAAUCAGGUCAUAAAGUUAAGCUCAACCACAACGUUGACACAUGAUAGCAGCAAAUUUGUAUGCCACUGUUUACUCUGCCUGUUUUAACGGAAAGCUUCACAACCCACCUACUGUACUUUGACACCUUAUCUGAUUUAAAUCACUGUUAUAUGGUGUCAUUAGCCUUGUUUCCGCCGAGUGGAACGGGUUGGUUUGGUAUAGUAUGAUAACAUCUUUUAGGAAUAUUCCAUUAGGCUACUCUGAGGUAGCAGAGUAAAAUUGUACAGUACAGUCAGGGUGCAGCCAGUCUAGCUCCACCCAUGAAAGUCAGCUGAUUGGGUGACAGAAAAACUCUAAAAAUCACUAACUUGUGAUUGGUGCAAAUAUCCCAUGGGAGUCAAGGCAAACAGCCGCAGUCUAUUGCCAUACAAACAGACAAACAGCCUCAAACCCAGCAGGACAGAUACUGUACAAGCUGCUGGAUGGCCUCCAUUGUUGUCUAUUGUGUCCCGUUCGAAAUUGUCAUCGAAACACAAGCCUGACUCGGGGCUUUACCAUUCCAAAUCGUAUUGUACUGUACCAAACCAAACCAAACUGUACCAUGAUGGAAACAACAACUGAUGCCUGUUGUGCUGUGAACAGGGAGCACUAGCUCCCUGUUCCAUGUGAGCAGCACACUCUAGACUUUCCACUAACGCAUGUGGAAACAGCAUGGCUCACACAGUGUAUCACUCCUGUAGACAAAGACUUAUUUGUCUACAGGGUCUACUUUUGGCAGAA